UCUAUCAGGCCACUUUAACCUUUUCUUACAGAACAGUUUACAGUCAGUAACGUAACAUAACAUUAGGUUACACAGCUAAGCAAAUAAGAUGCAAAUUAUAAAGUAAAAAGUCACAACAAUUACCAUAAUAUUAGUAGUGAAUUUUCCGAGAGCCAUACGAAAGCAAAAAUUUUUGGUAGCAAAGUUUAGGCAAAUAAAUAUACAACAAAUGCAGCAACAACAACCACAGGAAUAACAAGGACAAGGACAUACAACACAAGCCACCCACGCGCAGGAGAGAAAAAAACGGCAGACGUUCCACUUACGCUCACCCGCCACUCGUUGCAAUUGUUUUGUUUUUGUCAUUCAACCCGGAGCGACAGCUAUAGAGAUAAAGAGAGAGAGGAGCUCAGGCAGCAGAGCGAGUGCGAACGAGAGUAACCAUGGAUCGGUACGACAUGGAGGACGUCGUGGUGGCGCCUCCUGCCGAGUGCGGUUCACCGCUGAAGGAGUGGCGCCUCAAGCUUCAAGCGGGCACCCUCGCCCGCUCCGACUUCAUCGAGUUCUUCAAGCGCGAGUCGCCCAAGUACUUCGAUUACCAGUUGAGCGGUAGGGAGCCAGAUACCAAUGCGCUUACUCGCUGUCGUGUGGCGAAUUGUCCGUCCUGCGGGCGUGAGCACAAUGGGACUGGUUGGGCCGACGACCCCUUAGUCGCGGCGGAUCUGCGCAUCGAGGAGCUGCUCCACUUGACCCACCAUAAUUUGAACCUGGUGUCGGAUAUCAAGCGACUGCAGGAGAGCAAGCGGGGUGCGAUCCAUGGCUCCCUCAAGUGCAUGUUCAAGGAAGCGCUUGCCAAGGAGGAGAUCAUCGAUGUGUUUGUGGAAUUCAUGCUGGGCGACAAUCCCGCCUCCGCACUGGAGAAGCUCCGGCUGGAGGGCAACACGGCCACCGUCUGCGGCAAGGUCUUCAAGAACGGGGAGCCCACCUACAGUUGCCGCGAGUGCGGCGUCGAUCCCACCUGCGUCCUCUGCGUCAACUGCUUCAAGCGCUCGGCGCACCGCUUCCACAAGUACAAGAUGUCCACUUCCGGCGGCGGCGGUUGCUGCGACUGCGGCGACGACGAGGCCUGGAAGAAGGAUCACUACUGCCAGCUGCAUCUGGCGAAUCGCAAGAACCCGCUGGAGAGUAAGAUCCUAACGGAAGCUGUGCUGGAACGGGCUGAGAUCUGCUUUGGGGCGAUCCUCGCAUUCUGCGUGAACUACCUGGAGAUCGAGCCGAACGCCAGUCUACAGUGCCUCGACGGCGAGCUGGAUGGAGCGCAGUACUGCACGGUGCUCUACAACGAUGAGUCGCACACGUUCGACCAGGUGAUCCAGACACUGACCAAGAUUGUCAAAUGUCGGCAGAAGGACGCCAUGGAGAUUGUGGCGGCGAUCGAUCGCGAGGGACGGGCCGUCGUCAAGUGCGACACCUUUAAGGUGUGCAACGACCUGAAGACGGCUAUCGAAAAUCAGAUGAUGCCAGCGAGCGCUUUACCGUCAAAUCCGCGCAACAAUCAGUCGCUGAGGACAUCGGUGCUGCACAUCGGGGCCGUGGCCUGCCAGCAGUUUGCCCUGCAGCUGCUUGGCUGGUUCCAGGAGUUCCUGGUGCGGCACUACCUCUUCCGGAAGACAUUUUCCGAACUGGUGCAGCGCAAGCAGGAGAGCUUUUGCAUCCGGCACAUCCUCGAGUAUGAUGUGAAGCUGUGGAAGACAGCGCGAGCCUGUUGGCACCGCCUGCUCAUCUCAGGCAUGCUUAUGGAAUACGACAACAAGAUGGUGCUCGCCCAGGAGUUCUCGCGCCGCUACGCUACCAUUGUGGAGGACUUCAUCAGCGACGACCACGACCACGCCUUUUCGAUAGUUUCGCUCAGCGUUCAACUGUUUACGGUUCCCAGCAUCGCACAUCACCUGAUCGCCCAUGAGGGAAUCUUCGGCAAGCUGCUGCACACGUUCUACCACGUGGCCAUCGAGAAAUUUAUCCAGAACAAGACGCUGCACUUUAGCAAGAACAUCGCCAGCCUGACCUUCUUCAAGCGGGCCAACUACAUUCUCUACGAUCUGCGGUAUCUGCUCAGCCUAAAGCCGGAAGUGCUAAGUAACGAUCUGAGGAGCGGUUUCCUCGAAGGCUGCCGUGCUCUGAUGCGGGUCCUCAACGUUAUGCAGGGCAUGGAGUCGAUAACCAGGCAGACGGGCCAGCACAUGGACUACGAGCCGGAGUGGGAGUGCGCCUUCAAUCUGCACAUCAAGCUGGCCACGACCAUCUCCCAGGUUAUCGAUUGGGCUGCCGGCGAUGUGUGGCUGCUGCGCAAGCUCUACAAGAUGACUCUGCGGUCGCUGGUGGGCAACAGUUUCAUCGUGGGCGGCGAGAAGACGGAGCCACGGAGUGUGGCCGGUUAUGUGGCCAGCUGCCUGAUGUACGAUGUAUCGGUGAAGCCGGUGUCCAUCCACCUACCCCUGUCGCGGUUCUACGCCGGUAUCUAUCUGCAUUUAGGCGCCCACGAUAUGACUUACGACAGCCUCCAGGCGGAAACGGAGGCGCUGAGCAUAAAGCUGACGCCCAGAGAAAUUAUCGAACCAGUUCUGUGCACCCAUGCAAUGAUCGCCCAGGUGGCUGCGGGCAUGUGGCGCCGCAAUGGCUACUCUCUGCUUCACCAGCUCUACUUCUAUCGGAAUGUGCGUUGCCGCGUGGAGAUGCUGGAUAGGGAUAUUGUCUGCCUGCAAAUUGGCGGGUCCCUGAUGGAGAGCAACGAGUUCCUCAUCCAUGUGCUGAACAAGUUCAAUUUGAUUGCAUGGGCGCAGGCGAACUACGAGACUAUGUUGGCGGAGAAUCCCGUGGACGAUGAAUUCAUGCGACAGCUAUCGAUGAUUGACGAGUUCCUGGAACUGUUGAUCGUAAUCAUCGGAGAACGCUGGAUGCCAGGCGUUUCGAUUGUAACGGAGGAGGAUCGGCUGCGCAAGGAGAUCAUCCAGCUGUUGUGCACCAAGUCCUACUCUCAUUCGGAGCUUAGUCGCGCUUUGCCGGACAGCAAUGGUGGGAAUAGCGACAACAUCUUCGAAGACGUAAUCAACACGGUGGCCGUCUUCAAGAAGCCCGUCGGCGUCGACAGCAAGGGGGUGUACGAGCUGAAGGAGCAUUUGUACGAGGAGUUCAACGUGUACUUCUAUCACUACACCAAGGAGGACAAGUCCAAGGCCGAGGAGCUGCAGCGUGAGCGGCGCAAGGCCAAGAAGCAGCUCGUCUGCUGCCCGCCGCCUAUGCUGCCGAAGCUCACACCAGCCUUCACAUCCAUGGCCAAUAUUCUGCAGUGCAACGUGUUUCUCAACAUCUGCACCUUGAUAAUGGAUCGGGCUUUGGAUGCGCGCAGUCGCUCCUUUACCGAAUCGCAUCUCCAGAAGAUCCUUCACCUGCUGGGCUUCGCCAUUCAGGAGGAGCUGAGCGAGAACUAUCCCUUCCUGAGCUUCUACGAGCGUUCGCAGCAGUACGGAAUUUUGGAGAAGUUGGACGAGCUAGCCCGCUGUCCCAGGCUGGAGGCUCAUCGAGACUUUGUGCUGUGGACGAUCAAGCGGUACAAGGAGCUGCAGACCAAGCAGGCGCCUAGUGAAGGCGAAGCAGGACCGAAGGGCAUGCAGCAAAGCGCCGUGGAGGAGGAGCAGCCGGUCAGCUCCGAGGAGCAGGUGCGCCAGGAAAGAGAAGUACGCACCCGUUUGGCGGCCGAACGUCGGGCCAAAAUAAUGGCUCAAAUGCAGACUGCCCAAGAGUCGUUCAUGAAGGUCAAUGCAGAUUUGUUUGCGGCCAACGAAAAGGACAAGGAUACGCGAGAGAACGCGGCAGCCACGGGUGCCAUGGAGUGGGAGGAUAUACCGGCCGAGGAGGAGCAGGGAGCGGUGGCCCUCAUUCCAAACGUCGCCUGUUUGGGACCUGAGCGCAAGUUCUACCAGGGCAGUGAUAGCAACUUCAAGUGCAUCCUGUGUUUCGAUAACUGUGCCAUCAGCCGCAGCGGUCCCCCGUUGGUUAGCUCUGCUUUCGUCCAGACCUCGCGGGUGAUCUUCACCACACCCAAUAUGCGUGCAAGCCAGAGUGCCCUGCACAUGAGUUGCUGCGGCCAUGUGAUGCACUACAGCUGCUGGCAGGAAUAUUACAGCAACGAGGAGUCCAAGGAGCAGCGUCGUCCGCACCGCAAUCGCGCGGCCCAGAGUCAGGCGCACAACGUGGAGUUCCACUGUCCGUAUUGUCGGACCCUGAGUAACACUGUGCUUCCGGUGAUUGAAGCGCUGCCAUCUUUUUCGCCGGUACCUUCGGCGACCGAUAGCUAUCUGCCGUUGGAUAGCUUCUUGGAGAUCAUGCGCACACUGGCCGUCGAGCUGGGCCCCAUGAAGGACGGGGAAAUUUCCACCCGGCUACCGAGCUUCUCGAACCUCCUUCGGAUGUCCGGUGUCGUCGCGGACAUGGCGCAGUUCGAGCGGAGCGUCCAAAUGAUCCAUGAUUCCCCCAAGUUGCAUGCCAACUACAGCGAUGUAAGGGCCUUCUUAAACAAGGCCCUGCUGAAUGCCACGCAAAGUCAACAGCCGACUCAAAAAGACCAUCCAGCCGGCCCUGCAUUGGCCGCAGAUAGCCUUGAAAUGGUGCCCUUGUUUUGGGACACGUGCAGCUACACCCUGCAAGCGCUAGAAAUCUAUCUGUUCGAGGUGCAGAAGCCGCUGAAGGCUGAGCUCCCGAUGCGCCACCAGAGCUGUGCCCUCAAUUUGGUGAGAGCGUGCUCGCGCUUCUCGGCUUCGCCCGUAAGCGAGUUCCAGGCGAAGUUCUCCGUCCAACUGUUGGACACCGUCUUCAAUCAGAAGGGCACAAGUGUGUUGGAGUGGGACUGCUUCCGCGUGCUGGUGCCGUUCCAGUUCGGAGUGCUUAAUCUGAUGUUCGGCGAGAAUGCACCUCAAACCAUCAUACCCAGCGGCAGCAUGUUCGACUUUUACAUCCUGCAGACUAUGUUCCUGGCCCACCUGACUAAGGCGGUCCUCUGCUUUGAUGUGGAAAAGGAACAGGCCAAACGGACGGCAGAGACGCCACAUGCCGAACUUACGCAAUUGUCCUACGUCGAGCAGUUGCCGUCGAGGAUUCGGGAUAACAUGGUGGCCUUCUAUCGCCGCUAUAACAUCCCGGCCCGAGUGCUGCAAAAGAAUACGCAAGCACAGCUGGCGGAGGAUCGGAAGGAUGAGGAGCAGGGGCCAGUGCAGACAGUGGUGAUACCCUGUGAAUUGCACCAUUUGGCCCUUCUCCUCGAGUACAUGCAGCGUCAGAUGGGUUCAUUCCUGCGCUGCGCCUGCCUUUUCUAUCGCUGUCUAACCGAUGUGGACUUCCCGGACACGUUUCCCACAGAUCAGCCGGAUCGCUUCGAGCUGAUGUGCCAAUACCUGGGCCUGGACCCUCAACUGGGCGUGUACUUUGACAUGGAGACGGUGUACGCCACGAUGAUGCACUCGUUCGCCUCGCAUCCGCACAUUUCCCGGGAGGUGGAGGAACGUUGCCAGCCGAAGGCUAGUCGCUCCCUGCAGUUGGAACCCUGCCUGCGCCCGCUGCCGCGCUUGAUACCACUGUACGAUGACUACAGUGAUCUGAUCAACAGCGUUUCGGACAUCUUUUGCCCGAACAACGAACGCGAGGAGAUGAAGACGCCGACGAUGUGUCUGAUCUGCGGUUCGAUCCUGUGCGGCCAGUCGUACUGCUGCCAGCCGGAGCUGGGCAAGUUGACGGUGGGCGCGUGCACCCAUCACGCUCACACCUGUGGCGCCGAGGUGGGGAUCUUCCUGCGCAUCCGCGACUGCCAGGUGGUGUAUCUGGGGCGCGGUAAGGGAUGCUUCGUUCAGCCGCCGUAUCUGGACGAGUACGGCGAGACGGAUAUGGGCCUACGGCGCGGCAAUCCGCUGAGACUCUGCCAGGCGGCCUACAGCAGGAUCUUUCUGCAGUGGCUGGGCCAUGGGCUGCACGAGGAGAUCGCCCGGCUGAACGACAACACCAAUGUGGCGGUGACGCAGUGGCAUCACAUGUAGUCCGCAGACACAGAGGAUAGGGUAGAGGGCAGGCAGCGAACAGGCAAUGGCAGCAGUCAAUGUGAUUAUUACAUACUAACAUUAGGAAAGCCUAUUUAUACGUCUAAGCAUUUUACUACUUAUCCGUCAUCCACCCAACAGCACCACCAAAACCACCACCACCACCACCCCGAUCCACCAUCUAUAGUCACCGUCACCAACCACUUACACGCCCGUGCCCAAUCCUGUCCAGCGGCCCCCAACCAACAAUUACGAUUGUAUAAUUUUCUUCCUAUUAAUAAUUCAUUAUAAUAUUAAUAUGAUUUUUUUUUGAUCUAACAUUAGAGAACUUGUUAAAAGCUUGAGGUGCCCAGUGUCCUCCUCUAGUUAUAUAUAUAUAUAUAAUAUACAUAUGCUAAAAAUAUAACGACUAGGUUAGACUUUUGCCAGCACUAUAAAUGUCGCAGCGGUUAAAAGAAGAAAAGAACGUUAAAAUAAAAGCAAAAAUAUGUAUGUCCUGCUCUCUCUCUCUCUAUUAUUGGUCUCGCGGCCCACUCGAUGUAUAUAUAGUCCCGAUCUUUGAGUGCCGAUCCUAACCAUGUUGAGGUCCUUCUUUUGGCGUUUGUUGAUUUGUAUAUUUAGUUAGUGUAAAAAAUAUUGAUACCGAUUAAGUGUAUGUUCAAAAUUUGUUAUCCCCCCGCAAAGGUUAAGAUUCGUAGUCGCCCACCUGAUCUGUCCACCAAUCUCCUUGUCCACCCACCACCCACACACACACUCGCCCUCUCACUCGGAUUCCUGCUUUUGUACCCCAUCUCACUCUAACCGAAGGUACACUAAAAUUAGUCAAAUCAUGUUUACUUGAUCAAUGUACUUAACACCCUAUGCGACUAUAUAUUUACAUAAUAACAAGCGUAUAUACUAUAGAUAUAUAACAAGCAUAUUUCUUUUUAUGUAUUGUACAACAAACAACAAAAUCGACUAUGUAUGUGAAGUUCAAGCAAAAGGAAAUAAUGUCCUUGAAAUACUAAAUCCACAAAAUAGCAACAUGAUAAAACAACUACAAAAAAAUAAAUAACAAAUAAAAUGCAGUUUGCAAAAUUUUAGUGAUAUUCAA